GCAGUGGGGGCCUCAACAUAUUUCCAGAACUCUCCAUCUAGACUGGUGAUUGAGCAUCUGCCUCUCUUACUGCCGGUGGCCACCUGAGGUGCUUCCCUGGCUCUGAGGGGGUUAGCACAAUGGCCAAGUGUGUCAGCCUGGUGUUGCUUCUAGUCUCCAUCUGGACCACAAGGCUCCUGGUCCAAGGCUCUCUCCAUGUAGAAGAGCUUUCCAUCUCGGUACCAUGCAGAUUUAUGGGGGUCACCUUUGUGAACAAAAAAGUUAACCAGCAGCUGAAUUUCACAGAAGCCAAGGAGGCCUGUAGGCUGCUGGGGCUGACUUUGGCCAGCAAAGACCAGGUUGAAGCAGCAAGGAUAUCUGGCUUUGAGACUUGCAGAUAUGGGUGGGUUGAAGAAGGAUUCUCAGUCAUCCCUCGGAUCUCCUCGAACCCCAACUGUGGGAAGAGUGGGGUGGGUGUCGUGAUUUGGAGAGCUCGACCUAGUCAAACAUUCGGGGUCUAUUGUCACAACUCAUCUGAUACUUGGGUUAACUCAUGCUCUCCAGAAAUCAUCACCACCAGAGAUCCCAUAUUUAACACUCAAACCACAACGCACACAAUAGAAUUUACUGUCAGUGACAGUACAUAUUCAGCAUCAUCCCCUUACUCCACAACACCUGCUCGUGCUAUUCCUCCUGCUCCGGCUUCCACUUCUACUCCACGGAGAAAAAAAUUGAUUUGCAUCACAGAAGAUUUUAUAGAAACUAGCACUGUGUCUACAGAAACUGAAUCAUAUAUUGAAAAUACAGCAGCAUUCAAAACUGAGGCUGCUGGAUUUGGAGGUGUUCCGACGGCCCUGCUGGUGCUUGCCCUUCUCUUCUUUGGUGCUGCAGCUGGUCUAGCCGUUUGCUACGUCAAAAGGUAUGUGAAGGCCUUCCCUUUUAUGAACAAGGAUAAGCAGAAGGAAAUGAUUGAAACCAAAGUAGUGAAGGAGGAGAAGGUUGAUGAUAGCAACUCUAACGAGGAAUCAAAGAAAACUGAUAAAAACUCAGAAGAGCCCAAGAGUCCAAACAAAACUACAGUGCGAUGCCUGGAAGCUGAAGUUUAGAUGAAAAAUAAAUGAGAAGACGCACCUGAGGCUGGUUUCUUUUCUGAUGAAUAUCCUGGCCCCAGCUGGGGAAACUAAAAGGGCCAAAGAACCAAAGUCCACCCUUGCUUCCUAACUAGAAUCAGUUCAGGGCCGCAUUUGGACUAUGGAGUUCACCAAAGGUAGCUCCCUUCUUCCUACUGCAAUCCUUUCUGGAUCCUAUCCUCCUACCUCCAAAGCUUCCCACAGCCUUUCUAGCCUUGCUACAUCCUAAUAACAUCCCAGUGGGAAAAAGGAGCUUUGCAAAGUACAAGGACCUAAAACAGCUAAUCAGUAAAAAGGCCUUCAGGCUGGCUCAGUCUAGGUGAGUUGAGAGCCAAAGGGUCACGGAGACCAAAGACUUCUCUGCUGUUUCCACAACCCAGAUAUUUCUUCAGCUCUGAAAGGGAAACACUUAUACCACCUGGCAUGUUCUUCUGAGCCAGGCAAGAGCAAAAGAAGGAGGGAAAAUUCCAGCAACUGAAAGCCAUGGAGAUUGCCAUGACUUGAGACCUAAUCUCUGUAAAAUCAAAAUAAAUAGAGAAAUAGAAUGAGGCUGAGCACACUGACAGCACAUUGUCAGCAGGCACUAUAAACACAGACAGGGGCAAAGUAUUCUUCUCUGACUCAGUUGGGUUGGAAUUACUUUUUAGAACAUAUAUAUACUUUCUUUUCUUUGUACUGCUGCUAUUUUCUCUAGAAAAAUAUACUUUU